AUGGCACUGCGUCGCCUCGCCCUCGUGUUCCCUGGACAAGGCAGUCAGCAUGUCGGCAUGGGCAAAGAUCUGCUCAAUGACUGGCCACGGAUCGUCGGUGAUGUGCUGGAAGAAGCGAGCGAAGCUACGGGACUGAGUCUGCGACGUCGGAUGACCGAAGGUCCAGCAGAUGAGCUCACGCCCACCCACGUGGCUCAACCAGCGCUGCUGUCCCUGUCGGUAGCUGUGCUACGAGUGCUGCAACACGAGAUGGAGCUGCCACGCGUGCAGUUUGCACUGGGCCAUUCCCUGGGCGAGUACUCGGCGCUAGUAGCUGCUGGAGCCAUCGACUUUGCGGAAGCUGCUCGUCUCGUGCAUUUUCGUGGCUUGGCCAUGCAACGGGCAGUCGCUCCUGGGGUAGGGGCCAUGGCUGCUCUGAUGCCCGUGCAGCCUCAAGACGCCGAGCUGCUGUGUCGAGAAGCUGUCGCGAGUACCGGGAAAGCGUGUCAGGUGGCCAACUACAAUUCGCACAAGCAGACGGUUGUUAGCGGCGAUGCUGAAGCUGUGACUGCGGUCGUGAGUCGAGCGAAAACAACGGGCAAAGCGCGACGAGCGGUGCUGCUGGACGUGAGUGCUCCUUUCCACUGCGACCUGAUGGAACCUGCGAAACGAGAGCUGCGUGAGUAUCUCGAGCAGUUGCUUGAGGACGACAAGCUGCGAACGCCAGAGGUGCCAGUGGUUUGGAACGUCGAGGCUGCCGCGACGAUCAAGAUGCCCGAGGAGAUUGCACAAGUGCUGGAGAAGCAGCUCGUGCAUGCUGUCCGCUGGAGCGACAGCGUCGACUAUUGUGUCGACCAGGGCGUGACCCACUUCUUGGAGCUUGGCGUAGGUGGAGUGCUGAGCGGCCUGAUCCGACAGCAGACACGCAAGAGCGACUUGAGGAUCACGAGCUGCGGCACAACAGACGAGGUGAAGACAUUCCUGAAUGAGCAGCAUCAGUCGAUGGAGGAGCGGUAA